ACAGUUAUCGAAUUAGGUUUCGAUUGGUAAGACGUUUAAACGUGUUAGUUACAAAUGACAAUAGAAAGUUACAAUUGAAAUGGCGCCAAAAAAUUUAGAAUAUUUAGAAGAAGCUCAGAAGAGAGCCUACGAAAAGAAAACUCAUGUUAGUUUUCCUCAGCUAAAAUACCCCUCACUCAGAGAUAAGGGAUUUAGAGAUCCAGUGCAGUGGCUGACUGGAAAAGCCUUGGAUGAUGGAGCAGAAGGCUUAUGGAGAAUUCAUAAUUCCAUUUAUGAUUUUACUACUUUCGUCGAUAACCAUCCCGGUGGUGCGGAAUGGCUAGAACUCACAAAGGGAACAGACAUAACAGAAGCGUUUGAAGCUCAUCAUCUUAACCCUGUGGUAGAAAAGAUGUUAGAUAAAUAUUUUGUAAAAAAUACGAAUACACCAAGAAACUCCCCGUACACGUUCAAUGAAGAUGGAUUCUACCGCACACUUAAAAGAGCAGUGAGAGAAGAAUUGAAAAAAGUGCCAAAAAAUAUUCCUAAUCAUACAGACAGAAUCAUUGAUGGAUUAUUUACUACAUGUUUGGCGACAGCUGCAUUAACCUGUUGGGCUAAAAAUUAUUGGAUUGUGAUGUUAUCUUACCUAAUCUCUUCUUUAACAUUAGCAUGGACUAUUGUUGCUUCGCAUAAUUAUAUACACAGGAAAACCAAUUGGAGAAUGUAUAUUUUUAGUAUGUGCCUAUGGUCAUACAGAGACUUCAGGGUGUCUCAUGCUCUCUCACAUCACUUAUAUCCAAACACUCUAAUGGAUUUAGAGAUAAGUGCAUUUGAGCCAAUAAUACAAUGGAAUCCACGACCAGACAAGCCAUUUUUCACAUACUUCACUUUUCUGUUUCAAUGUUUGUUAUAUCCCUUUAGCUUUAUAAUUAAUUUUGUGAAAAGAUUUCUUCUCAACUUUGUACGAGAAGAUUUCUUCAAAAACCAUUAUCGUUGGCAUGAUGGAAUCGGACUUUUACUUCCCAUUUGGAUGUGGGUCGUCAGCGGAUGUUCUUUCAGUGACGCUAUUAUCAAUUGGUUAUGGAUCAAUUGCACUAGCAGUUUUAUCUUCAUGGUGAUCGGCACCACUGCAGCACAUCACCAUCCACGAAUAUUCAAAGAUGGUGACGAAGUCAGGACAAUUACUCCUGACUGGGGAAUGCAGCAGCUUGAAGCUGUGAUGGAUCGUAAUGAUAUCAACGGGAGCCUAUUUAAAGUAAUGACCUUCUUUGGUGACCAUGCUCUUCAUCAUCUUUUCCCAACUCUCGAUCAUGCCGUGUUGCCAUAUUUGUAUCCUGUAUUUUUAGAACACUGUGAAAAAUUCAGAGCAAACUUCAGGGUUACGUCACAAUUUGACCUUUUUGUUGGACAAAUCAAAAGGACAAUUGAAAGGCAAUUUAGACUUUUGGAUGAUUAAAUGAUGGGCAUUCGGUGCAUAACCUAAAGUUUAAAAAUGUUUCAUAACACAAAUAUUAGGUAUUUCAUUUAAAUAAUCCAUUUAUAUGCUUAUAGUUUUAUAUAA